AUGAGGCUGGUGGUUCAGGCAUCCUAUGAGUCCGAGGGGAGGCCGCUGGCCUUGUGGUGCUUACAGAGACAUGCAGCGGCUGUGAUCCACAUUGGGGGUGAGAAACAAGAUGUGAGGCUGCAGACACCUGAGAGGCACUGUGGGGGCAGCACCCCACAGGCAGAGGCAAACGGUGGGCAUGCAGUUUCCCUUCCCAUCUGGUGUCCACUGGCAGCUGGCAACCCCAUGCGGAGACCUUUGGAGAGUACUGCGCAGGCUGCAAAUGUCUGCAUUAAAACAGCUCUGCUGGGCUACGACAGGACAGAAGCAGACAGCAGGGGCUGUGACCGCCGGCUUCUCUGCCGCCCUAGGAUGGUGGAACACUGUCUACACAUGUUCGACCGGAUAGUCAUCUAUUUCUUCAUAGCGGCUUCCUACGCACCCUGGCUGAACCUUCGGGAGCUGGGCCCCUGGGCCUCCCACAUACGCUGGCUGGUCUGGAUUAUGGCUUCCGUGGGCACCAUCUAUGUCUUCUUCUUCCAUGAGCGGUACAAGCUUGUGGAGCUUCUCUGCUACAUCGUGAUGGGCUUCUUCCCUGCCCUGGUCAUCCUCUCCAUGCCCAACACCGAGGGCAUCUGGGAGCUGGUGACCGGAGGGGUCUUCUACUGCCUGGGCAUGGUCUUCUUCAAGAGUGACGGGAGGAUCCCCUUUGCCCACGCCAUCUGGCAUCUCUUUGUAGCAUUUGGUGCUGGUACCCACUACUAUGCCAUCUGGAGAUACCUCUAUCUGCCCAGCACCCUGCACACCAAGGUGUCCAAAUGAGGUGACCCAGACUCCAGAGGUCACUUGGGCUUUAGGAGUGCAGCACCACAGGAAGUGUUUUGGCGAACGUUAACCCAGAGCACAGCGCGAAGGCCUGUCUUCCCUUCAUUGGGUAGAGUUCUUGAUGGCUCUGAGGUGACUUCUGGUGACGACCAGAUCGUCCCUCGAGUCCCCAGCGAGAAAGAAAGCAUUUAGCCAUUCUCACAGAGGAGAAAUUAACCCUGUAAUGUGUUUCUA